AUGUUCCUUUCAGCGCUAUCGCCGUUGGAGUCCCUCCCCAAUGAGCUCCUCGACCACAUCAUUUCCUCCCUUGCGACGUCCCCUCCCUCGUUGACGCGACUACAACAGCCGCCUAAUCAUCGAAUCGCCAAGAGCAGCAUUCGCGAUUUGAAGAAUCUCUCCCUGGUCUCGUCCGGUCUGUGCGCGCUGGUGCGACCUCGGCUCUUCGCGCAUGCCUGCUUUGACUUGCGAAAUGAGCGCGCGUUUCUGGAGUUUGUUGCGCACUCGGAUCUGAAACGCCAUGUAACAUCUAUUGUUGUCAAGGGGAAUAACUCGCCGGAGAAUCGGGAGGAUCCAUACUGGUGGCGGCGGGUGUUGAGCGAGCUGGAUCCGUUACGGAUAACGGUGGUUGCACCGCCGUCGUUUAUCGGGGCAAUGUUGGGGACACAGAUCCAUGAGGGACAUAGCUGGGCAUUUGAGAUUCCGUUUCAGAUCCUGCAUCUUGAGCGGGAUGCUCGACAGGGGAGGCCGGUGCGGCUAGAGGACCAUUCGAGCCUUCUGUCAGUCCGAGAUUGGCAGUCGCUCGAAUUCAACGAAGCCUCAUCUCUCAGAGCAUAUCACCAUUAUGAGUACUUUCUCCUCCGCGUCCCGUCGGUCUUUGACCAAUGGGGUACAAUGGCCCAUCCGCCGGAUCGUCUAGCAGACCUCCCGUCAACCCUCUCACUAAACCGCCUAACGACGUUCAGCUACACCACCGUAUUCCCCUUCUAUAACCACGUGAAUCUAGUUUUGGACGCAGUAUUCCUAAUGACGAGCCUGGAGUCACUAAGCACCCAACUUGCCCCUUGUCAGAACGACCGAGUCAUUGAAAUUGAGCAAAGGGGAUCCAUUGAUCCCAGCGACCCGUGGAUGGAGCUUGCUACUGGGUACGCGCUAAUUGCCCAUGCUGUCAGGCAAUUAGGGAUGAGGGGCUGCCUUCGACGGUUUCGGGCGCGCGAUUUUCAGUUCGAGGCGCUGCGGCCGGAGCUAUCUUCUAUUUUCGAUGAGAGGUUUCAUGACUCGCCGUGGACGUAUGAUGGGGAGGAUAUUUGGAAUAAAGUAGACGGGUCUAUUCCUUGUCAGGAACAGACUGGCCGUAGAAGUAGUUAA